AUGAAAUAUCUGCUCCAGGCGAUCGAAGCCAAGCGAGCUUCGGUCAAGCUUGGCGAUGCCGAACUUCGACAGCUGCUCACCGAAGUCUGCAAGGGCCGCGAUGAACGCGAGGAAUUCCUCGAGUCGAUCGACAGAAUCGUCACCGAGCUCAAAAACUACAGCGAGCAUUCCACCGCCUUCCUCUCCAAAGUGUCGAAACGCGAUGCGCCCGACUACUACGACGUGAUCAAGCACCCCAUGGACCUCGGCACCAUGCAGAAGAAGGUCAAAUCCGGACAGUACAAGACCAAGAAGCAGUUUGCUCACGAUCUCAAUCUGAUCUGGGACAACUGUUUGCUGUACAACUCGGAUCCGACGCAUCCACUGAGGAGGAAUGUGGCGUUUAUGAGGAAGAAGGCGGAUCAUCUGUUGGAGUUCAUCAGUGACAAGAGCGAUGUGAAGGACGCGUUGGUGCAGUGGGGGACGCCGGUGACAGCGACCGUCGAGGUCGGCGCGAAGGCGGCGGAUGGAGUGAUUCCGCCAGCAGCAGCAACGGAGGCAGCGACAGUGAAGGAGGAAGGCAGGAAAAGGAGGAGAAAAGGGGAUGAGGUCAAGUUUGAAGAUCAGGAAGCGUUCGUCAGGACGCCACAGAGUAUGAUGGAGUUCGCGAGGAUCGACGCAGGUUUGAGUUUGGUAGAGGCGAAUGGAGUGGCGGGACCAAGUUCCAGACCCAUGCUGAUGGCGCCCGUUGAAGCGAUGGAUCGGGUGAAGAGGGAUGCCGAGGAGGAAGAUCCGCUCAGUGCUGUACUCGGAUCCAUCUUCCAGCCGCUGUUGGGUGAGAAGGGAAAGGAGAAAGCGACGCCGGAACCUCGAUCGCAGUCCCAGCCGCCGUCGCAGGCUCCGUCUCAUUCGGGCUCCACGCCUGCUCCACCGGCCAGCGUGGACGUGUCGCCGUUGGAUGCUUCAGCCCUUUGGUUCACCGUCACUGGCUCGCAUCAGCUCAUGUCCGGUGCGCUGCCGGCGUUGCCUUCGUCCGCGCUUGUCUCAGCUUCAGCGGAAGAAGGACUUCCGAGCAAGGGAAAGAAGCGCAAGAAGCCGUUUCAUCUCGUCCCUGCAACACGGCGAAAAGGUCUUCAAGGCAAAGUAGCACGCAACAUCCGUACCCUGCACAAUGUGCAGUCCACGCACGCCAAGUUCCUGUCGCUCGCGCAUUUCGUCGAGAACGAAGCGCCCAUCCCGGCCUACCUGACAUCCAUGUCGUCGGACGAAGAGUCGGAUUACCCUUCCGAUCCGGAAGACACGCCUCCUCAUCAUCAACACAUCAACGGCACCGCUGCAGCACUCCGCAACCCGCUCGCUCGAAUCUCGGCGGAAUCCGCGCGCGAUCACGCCAGCUACAACGUCCGCAUGAUGCUCUCCCACGCCGGCUUCGAAGGCGGUCAUCGAUGCGCCGUCGACACCAUCACCGACGCGCUCGGCGAGUUCCUCGGAAACAUGGGUCGCAUGCUCCGCAUCUACUCCGACCGCUACGCCUCCUCGCUCUCCGCCGAAGAGAUGAUCCUGCACACGCUCCAGGAGUGCGGCAACUUUUCCGUCGCUUCCCUCGAGAACUACAUCCGGAACGACGUGGAGCGGUACGGGACGAAGAUGUCCGAGUUGCUGCGGAAGCUGAGGUCGAGUUACCGGGAGCAGUUCAACAUGAGCACGGAGAGGGGGGUGGUGGAGGACGAGGCGCUGUUUGCGGAUAAUGGAGAGGCACUGGUGGCGGGUGGGUUUGCGGAGGAUCUGGGAGACGAUUACUUUGGAUUUAGGGAGUUGGGGCUGGAUAGGGAAUUGGGGAUGAGUGGGUUGACGGUGCCGACGAGGCUGUUCUACGGGAGGGGGAAGGGUGGGGUUUCCGCUGGUGGUGCGGCAGGUGCAGCUGGUAGACCCGGUGGGAUCAAAGUUGAGGUUUUGCCGUAUCCGCCCCCACCCAACCCAGUCGAACUCGUCGCCGCAGCCAUUCCGGAACAGAUCGGCCUACUGCAACCGUUCUACCAGGAGAAAUUGCGGGAACACCGUCAACGCUGCAAACACGCUCAGGAGAAUCCCCCCUCCACCACUACCAAGGAACAGGACGCACAACAGCAGGAUGGAAAAGAAGGAGAAGAAGGAGAGGAGCCAGAAAAGGUGGAUCCUGUGGUGGUGACGAACACGUUGCCGGAUCAGGAGCAGGAGAAGCAGAGGUACAAGGUGCCCCCGACGGGCAAGAUGCCGAGGAGGAUGAUCUGGAGUGCUGCGGCGGAGAGGAAGCAGGCGGCGGAGAGGGUGGCGGCGGAGAAAGCGGCGAGUGCGGCACAGGUCGCCAUGUCGACCGGUGGAGUUGCGGUAAGUGGCGGUGGCUCAGGUGGGAAAAGUGGUGCGGGGAUGAAGGAUUCCAAGCUGGGCAAGAAGAGCAUUGCUGCAUGA